ACGUACGUUUCCAGUUUACGGCUGAUGUGUAAAUGGAUACAUGACACAGUUGUUUGGAGGAAAGCGAUCUUCAGGAAAAAUAACACUAACGUCCAGGCAACACCUGGCGGGUUUCUGACAUCCAGCCUGGGCGACAGUGUCGAGUAGCGUAGGCCGCGAUGGAGGCGGUCCCCCGCAUGCCGAUGAUCUGGCUGGAUCUGAAGGAAGCUGGGGAGUUCCAGUUCAGCCCGUCCGUCAGGCAGUUCAUUCUAAAGAACUAUGGAGAGAAUCCGGACAGCUACAACGAGCAGCUGAAGAAACUGGAGACUCUUCGGCAGAGCGCCGUCAACGUGACGAGGGACUUCGAGGGAUGCAGCACCCUGAGGAAGUACUUCGGCCAGCUGCAUUACCUCCAGAGUCGGGUUCCAAUGGGGAUGGGCCAGGAGGCUGCUGUGCCCAUUUCAUGGACUGAGAUUUUCUCAGGAAAAACUGUCAGCCAUGAUGACAUCAGCUAUGAGCAAGCAUGCAUCCUCUACAAUCUUGGGGCCCUGCACUCUAUGCUGGGAGCCAUGGAUAACAGGGUCUCUGAGGAGGGGAUGAAGGUGUCGUGCACCCACUUCCAGUGCUCAGCUGGAGCUUUCUCCUACCUUAAAGACCACUUCAGCCACAACUUUAGUGUGGAUAUGAGCCACCAGAUCCUCAACCUCAACAUCAACCUUAUGCUGGGCCAGGCUCAGGAGUGUCUUCUGGAGAAGUCCAUGUUGGACAACAGGAAGAGCUUUCUGGUUGCUCGCAUCAGUGCUCAGGUGGUGGAUUACUAUAAAGAAGCAUGCAGGGCUCUGGAGAACUCGGAAACAGCCUCCAUGCUGGGAAAGAUCCAGAAAGACUGGAAAAAACUGGUUCAGAUGAAGAUCUAUUACUUUGCUUCUAUUGCACAUCUUCACAUGGGAAAACAGGCCGAGGAGCAGCAUAAGUUUGGAGAACGGUUGGCAUAUCUGCAGAGCUCCUCAGACAAACUCAGUGAAGCCAUCAAGCUAGCGAAGGGUCAACCCGACAGCGUGCAAGAAGCCUUGAAGUUCACCAUGGAUGUUGUUGGUGGAAAGUUUAAUUCUGCCAAAAAGGACAACGACUUCAUUUAUCACGAGACAGUUCCGUCUCUGGAGACUCUUGCCUCUGUCAAAGGCGCUCCGCUGGUGAAACCUCUGCCCGUCAAUCCCACCGACCCCAGUGUCACCGGGCCAGACCUCUUUACCAAACUGGUGCCCAUGGCCGCCCACGAAGCCUCUUCUCUGUACAGUGAGGAGAAAGCCAAGCUGCUCAGGGAUGUGAUGGCCAAGAUCGACAAUAAAAAUGAAACUCUGGAGCAGUUCAUGGACUCUUUGGGCUUGGAGCCAGAGUCUGUUGACAACCUGGACAUGUACAAUCACAUCCCUCCGGUCCUCAUGGAGAAGUGUGCUGCUCUCAGCGUUCGACCAGACACCGUCAAGAGCCUCAUUCAGUCCAUGCAGGUUCUCUCAGGAGUCUUCACCGACGUGGAGUCAUCGCUGAAAGAAAUUCGGGAUGUUCUAGAGGCGGAUGAGUCUGGUGAGCGGAUGCUCCAGGAGGCCUUUGGCCCCGCGGCAGCCGAGGUUCACCCAGCAGCACAGAGCCAAGCUCUGGCCGAGAUCCGCCGGGACCUGGAGAAGUACAUGGAGGCCCACGAGAAGGCCAGUUUCACCAAUACAGAGCUCCACAGGGCGAUGAACCUACACAUCAGCAAUCUGCGUCUGCUUGGGGGGCCGCUGGAAACUCUGAAGGACACCUUACCGAGGCCCCAGCUGAGUGAAGAGGAAAUGGCAGGCCUGCAACAUAUGAAGCGAAUCCUGGGAAAGGUUCAGGAGAUGAGGGAACAGCGGAGCUCUUUGGAGAAACAGCUUCGUGACCUCAUCCACCAGGACGACAUCACCUCUACUCUCGUCACCACAGAAAGAGCCGACAUGAAGCGGAUAUUCGAGGAGCAGCUGAAGAAGUAUGAGCAGGUGAAGGUUUAUAUUGACCAAAACCUUGCAGCACAAGAAAACAUCUUGAAAGCCCUGACCGAGGCAAAUGUUCAGUACGCCUCGGUGCGUAAGGGCCUGAACCAGAUGGAGCAGCAGUGGAACGGUACCGUCCAGGGACUGGUGGGGUCGUAUGAGGCCUACGAAGACCUGAUGAAGAAGUCUCUGGAGGGAAAGGAGUUUUAUGAUGACCUGGAGGCCAAAGCAUCACGUCUGCUGGAGAGAGCCAAGACCCUGUGUCAGACCAGGGCAGAGGAGAGGAGGCCCGCCCUAGAGAAAGAGACCCAGAAGAAGCCCCCAGCUCGUCCCACAGCUGCUAAGCCCACCCUGAAGCCCAGGGGUUCUGAUGUUGACUCCUCCUCUUCUAGCAUUGAGGAUCCAGAGCUGGCCCAGCUCAGUGCGGCGAUUUUAGCCUUGGGGGGCGACUUGCCUGAAGACCUUUGCAGCCUCCCUCCUGAUAUUCCCUCCUUCCCUGCACCUGCCGGUCGUUUGCCUGGCCCUGAAGCCUUUAUGCUACCAGGUGCUAAGCUAGGUGGAAGCUCCUCUCUGCCUUGGCCUGGUGCGCCAGCUGCUGGUCUCCCUCACUUCCCUGCUAACCUGCCACCCCCAGAGCUUCUGGCGAGGAUUUCUCAGUUUCCUACUUCAGGGGCGAUGGCAACACAAGGAUCUCCUCCACACAUGCCCCAUCCUCAGAUGACUCCACAGAGGCCUCCACACCAAUCCCAGCCUGUUAUGCCUGGCUAUCGGCCAUCCACUCCACAAACUGCUCCGCCAGGCCCUGUUGCCCCAGUGCCUGUCCGACCCUCCACCACGACUGUGGACACCAUCCUGGCUCCUAUUGCCAGCUACACCCCCACACCACACCACCCUCUUCCCCCUGCUGCCUCAACUGGCUACACAGUACCACAGAUCGGAGCGUACCCUCACAUGAUGCCCCAACCAGGAGGUCCGGUUCAAGGCCAGGGUCAGAGACCUGCAACACAGCAACAGAAGCAUCCACUGCAAUACACCCAGCCUCUCCCUCAGGGGUACCAACCUGGACCUAGGCCUGCCCUUGGUCCUCUUCAGAACCAACAAGUUUACACUCAUGGAUAUAUUCCCCCUCAGCCUGGCGUUCCUCCUCAGUACCGACAACCCUUUCCUGGUCAGCUUCAUCAACAAAAUGGUUUCCCACCACAAUCUCAGAUACCCCAGGGCUACCAGACUCCACAGACCUAUAUGCCCCAACAGCCCCCUCACCUGAUGCCAGGCUCGAUGCCAAGGCCACCUCAGACUGUGCAUCCACCUGCUCACUCCCAGUCGGUGGCCCCUGCAUCUAUCCCGUAUCUGCCCUAUCCCAACCAACAGAUGCCCUCUGGACUCCCUCACCAGCAGAUGGUGCCACAGCAGCAACAAACUCCAAUCAAUCCAAGUGCCCAGCAGAUUCUGCCCCACACUCAGAUGCAAAUACCAGGCGCUCAUAGGCCACAAUUGCCCCGUUCGGGUCAGAUGAUACCUCCAGUCUCAAUGAGCUACGUUCCUCCACCCAGCCAGCCCACUCCCCCUACCAUGCACCCUCAGAUGCCUCCUGCUUCACAACCUCAAAUGGCCUCUGGUCCUCAGGUGCACUUGCCCAGAAGGCCUAUGCCCCAAAUGCCUCAGAGUGCAAUGCCUGCACAGCAUCAGUCCAUGCCUGGCCAGCCUCCUAUACCAAAUAUUCCACAGCAGCCCGUGCAGAUCUCCAGCCAGUCCCAGUCACACCUAGCUCAUUCUGGGGGGGUGUGUUACCCUGGUGGAGCUCCCAUGAUGCCUCAACAGCCUUUGGCGCCUCAUCCUGCAGCUUCUCUUCCUAUGACUCUUUCACAGCCGUCUAAUAUGUAUCCGUCUGCUCCGGGGACAAAUGUCCCCCCAGGUGCGUCACAACAACCAACUGUCAUUGGCCCCCAUGCCACCCCUGCUCAGCACUUGAUUCAGCCCUCUCCUGGAGGUCCCACAGCAGUGCAGCCAGCCAACACUAUCCCCCCUUCCCCAUCUCCAUCCCCAGGUCCUGCCUCUCUGGGUCUGAACCCCCAGCAGAUACCCGCACCAGCCACGACUCCCGGAAGCAACGCCCCAGCCGCUCUUCCUUCUCCCUCAGCCAUUUCUCCCUCCACAUCAUUAUUUCAACGGGAGAACUCAAGCACAGAUGAUCUCCUCUCUUCCAGUCCAGAGAGCCAACCCGGAGGCACCAAGGCCCCCACUAACGUCCUCCAGCCAACCAAAGCUGACCCCCAAGAUGGGGAGCGUCGAAAGAAGAGCUCCCAGGGAGUUCUCCUGAUCCACGGUGAUCCAUACCAAGCCCCAGAGUGUGUUGCUCGUCUUCACGGUGAACUGGAGCGCUACAGAGCCCAGGUAGAUGCCCUGGAGCACCCCUCGGAGAACGAGGGUGGUCUGUCAGUUUUGGAUUCCCGUUGGAAAGAGCUGCAGGACCAGCAGGAAAAGGACGCGCGCCAGCUCUCUAUCGCCAUCGCCCGCUGCUACACCAUGAAGAACCGCCACCAGGAUGUCAUGCCUUAUGACAUCAACCGUGUAGUGCUGCAGUCAGGCAAGGACGACUACAUCAACGCCAGCUAUGUGGAAGACUUGUCACCAUACUGCCCUCGCCUUAUUGCCACCCAGGCUCCGCUCACCGGCACGGCAGCGGACUUCUGGCUGAUGGUGUACGAGCAGAAGGUGUCACUGAUUGUCAUGCUCGUUUCCGAGCAGGAGCUGGAAAAGGGGAAAGUUUUGCGCUACUUCCCUACGGAGCGUGGCCAGCAGCUCUCUCAGGGACCAAUCACACUCAGCCUAACCACACAGAAGAUGACUCCGACCCACGUGGAGCGCAUGAUCAGUCUGCAGUACCGCGACCAAAGCCUGAAGCGCACCGUCGUUCACCUGCAGUUCACUUCCUGGCCAGAGCUAGGUCUUCCUGACAGCAAGAGCAACCUGCUGCGAUUCAUUCAGGAGGUACACGGGCACUACCUCCACCAGAGGCCCCUACACACACCUGUCGUGGUACACUGUAGCUCGGGUGUUGGACGCACAGGUGCCCUCUGUCUGUUGUACGCAGCCGUGCAGGAGCUGGAGGCGGGAAACGGGAUCCCUGACCUUCCACUGUUGGUGAAGAAAUUGAGACAACAGAGGAAGAACAUGCUGCAAGAGAAACUCCACCUGAAGUUCUGCUACGAGGCCGUGUUGAAGCACGCAGAGCAGGUUCUUCAGCGCCACGGCAUCACGACGGCCACCUACACCAAAAACACCAACCCUGCAGCCUCAAAGCCUUACUCGAGACAAGAAUCUCAGCAGGACAUCGUCCUCGGUGGUGACAUGCCCAUCAGCUCCAUUCAGGCCACCAUCGCUAAGCUCAGCAUCCGACCGCCCAGCGCCAACGAUCCCGCCAUGGAGGCCAGCGCCUGCUGCUGCCCAGAGGAGCAGGUUGGGACUAUCUUACCAAGUCUGGACUCUAUGGCUGACCUGCAGCUGUUUCAGGACCCCUGCUCUGUACCAGAGUCCCAACCCCCCUCCUCUUUUAGCCCACCUCUCACCUCCCCUACACACUCUCCUCCACCACCCAACGGCCUUGAUGGCCUCUCCCCAUCGACUCCAAUUGCAGCCAAUCACCAGCCGGCAGCUGAGGCUGCUCCCUGCAGCAGCCCGCCUCCAGCUUCCACUGCGCCGGCACCAUCAUCGCUAGAUCUUCUGGCUUCUCUGACGCCAGAGGCCUUCUCCUUGGAUGGGGGCGGUCGAGGGAAGCAACGGGUGACGAAGCAGAGUUUUUUGCAGCCGGCAGAGGGUCAGGGACUCCAUGUGACCCGAGGCGAUGACGACGCUGACCCCCUCAGUAGCCUAGACCCCCUCUGGACCCUCAACAAGCGCUAGACGUGUCCAUAGAUUGCUGCCUUUGUCAUAUUUGCCACCAGGUGUCAGUAAAGACCCGGAGAGCGCUGCAGACACUAGUAAUUCCAACAUGUGCCUGUAGCUUGGCGUCAUCUCUGAAACUGGCUUCUCCACUCAACACUUCUGGGACCACAUCACUAUGCACCUGUUAGCAUCCUUUUGUUGUCCCACUGCAGCUUUUCUUCACUUGUGCACUUACACCCUCCCCCCCAACAUCCAGUAUGCACUCCCAUUUCCACAUCUCACAUGGGUGUUAAAGCAUCACAAAGCUUUGAUGGUGCCUGGCGCUUUGGGAAACCCAGACGAUGGAGGCUGAAGAGCACAAAUCAGCAUGUUUUAAAACGUUUCUUUUCUCUGUAAAUAAAGUUAGGCUGUUCCAACAUGUCCUCCUAGAAAAGUCACUACUCAGUCAUCCUUGUAAAAACAGGAAAUAAAUCUAGUAAACAGA